AUGUCUCUUUCCAUGUUCACCGUUUCGAAAUUGCUUGUGCCCACCGCUGUUGUGGGGUUGGGUAUCACUAUAUAUCUUCAAGAUCGCCCACUGUCAGCCGCAAGGACGGCCACAAUAACAUCAUAUCAACAAUUAUUGCCCUCCUUUAACAGCAGCUCACAAUUAUUUUUCUCGAUAAUCAAUCCAAGAAACCAUAUCCGUAUUACAGAUUCUUACAAAGUUCCAUUAUCUAAAGCCGACAUUCGAGAUAGGACUGAUGAAGAAAUUUGGCAACAUUUAGCCGCGGAUUCUUCUCAGGUUGGAUCUUUACCCCUGAACGAAAUCUCUCCAGGACCAAUAUUGGAAUUAGAAUCACUAUCUGACAAAACACUACCCCCGAAAAAUUCUCUUCUGCUUGGCGGUAAUUUUAUGGUUCUAUACACUAAACCCGAGGAUGAUAAACCUCGAGACUGUCCCAGUUGCGUUAAGAUUGGAUAUGGAGAUGACCGGAAACAAUUUUCGGGAAUGCAUAGUUUUGAACUCAUUCAUGGAAGGGACGGAGCUACAAUUUGGUAUUCUAGUGUAUCAUGCAAUCCCACCAUUAACAAAAGACUAUUUCCAAAUUGGGUAUUUGCAUUUCAUAGAUGGUAUGCAAGAACCUUGUUUAGGGACGGAAUUGCAGCAGUAUUGGCGACAGAAUGAAUGAAAGAGCAUUGGUUGCAAGUAGUACCCAGCUUACAGGAGAGAGAAGGG